AUGGAGGGUCUCCUGUGGAGGCUUUCUGUUAGAAGGGCCUCCGGCCUGACUGCAGGAGACGAGGAAGCAGCGGCCCGGGGGCCAGGCCGUCUCUUGGGAGCCGCCUUCAGGCUGGCGGCGUGGUACCGGCAAUGGGAACGCCUUCCAGGCUUCUUCAGAAGGGGUUUUACGCUGUGGGAAAGUAUACCUGAAAUACCUCCUAAGCCUGGAGAACUGAAAACAGAGCUGUUGGGUCUAAAAGCAAGAUCAAGCAAAGUUCAAAAUUCACAACAGUGA